AUGUACCUGUGUCAGACCCUGUCAAGACAUGUUGAUGUGCCAACAACGAUCAUCCAGGCCCUGCAGGAGCUCUUUGCUCUUGUUAGGCAGCAAAUAGAACUCACUGCCCCAUCGACAGAAGUAACUACUGUGGCUGGAGGGACAGGGCGUCCAAGAUAUGACAUUGACAGGGAGACUUUGGCUGAGCUUUGUCAACUAAAUUUUUCAAAGCAGUAUAUUGCAAAGCUUCUGGGUGUUUCAUGUCGCACUGUCUGUAGACGAAUAAGAGAGUUUGGAUUUUCCACAAAAACACACAGCAACAUAAGUGAUCAAGAGCUUAAUAGUUUGGUUGUUCAGAUUAAAAAUGAAAUGCCCUCUGCUGGAUACCGAAUGGUCAAAGGUAGGCUACAAUCCAUGGGAAUUCAUGUACAAUGGAGAAGAGUUGCUGCUUCAAUGCACGAAGUGGAUUCGAUUGGAGUUCUCUCAAGAAUGUAUGGAUUGGGAUGUGUGGUACGACGCACAUAUUCUGUUAGAGGCCCCCUGUCUCUUUGGCAUGUGGACACCAAUCACAAAUUGAUAAGGUACAAUAUUGUCAUUUUUGGGGCAGUGGACGGAUAUUCUAGGAAGGUAAUGUGCUUAAACGCUGCAACAAACAAUCGUGCAUCAACAGCCCUUGGCUUCUUCAAGGAGGCAACUGAAAGAUAUGGUGUACCCUCAAGAGUCAGAGCAGACCAGGGGGUGGAAAAUGUGGAAAUCGCAAAGUUCAUGUUUUCAGUCCGUGGAACUGACCGUGGAAGCUUUAUGGCUGGGAAAAGCGUUCAUAAUCAAAGGAUUGAGCGUCUAUGGCGUGAUUUAAGGGUCUGCGUCACCUCUAAGUACUACAGGACACUACAAAGUCUGGAAAGAGACCACCUACUGGAUUUAUCCUCUGCCAACGACAUUUUCUGUGUCCAUUAUAUAUUCCUACCUAAACUGCAGGAAGACUUGGGAUUUUUUGCUGCAGGCUGGAACCACCAUCCGCUAAGUACUGAAGCAAAUUUGAGCCCAGAGCAGAAAUGGCACAUUGGUAUGCUGCAUACGCAGCUUGACCAGCCAGAGAAUCUUGAGGAUAUCCAAGAGCCUGAGUUUGACUGGGAAGUUGCAGCAGAACAUGAUGGUGUAGAUGUGGAUGGUGCAGUAUUGGUCCCAGAGUUUGAAUGUCCGUUGAAUGAGCAAGAACUGUCAGAACUUGGCACUCUUAUUCGCCAAAGUGAUCCCAACACACCACCUACAGACCUUUAUGCAAUCUGCCAUGCAUAUGUGACUGGCAGAUGCAACAUAUAG